AUGGCGAAGAAAUCCUCUGGCUCAAAGGUUCUGUUUUUUGUCGUCAUUGCAGGGAUAGUUUUUUUAUGGCAACUCGAAAGAAAUUAUUCAACACUUAAAGUUACUUUAACGCUUCCAAGGUAUGGUAACAUAAACCGAGAAAGGGGGAACUCAAACACAACAGAACCAUGCUUAAUUCUUUACUGGUCGACUAUUUUCGGAAUUGAGCCACACAUUGAUAAGAGAUGGAAUGACAGUGAUUGCCCAGUGGCCUGUCAGCUCACAUCUAACCGUUCUCGAGCCAGAGAGGCAGACGGGUUCGUUGUUCAUGCCUGGGAUUCACACAUGACACCUCCGAAGGAAUCUGUUCCAUGGAUCCUUCACACACAAGAAAACCCGCUGUACGCUCCCGUAAUGAAAAACGCCAAGUUUAUGUCUAGAUUUAAUCUGUUAAUGAGUUACCGGUUAGACUACGAUUUCCCCGUCCCAGUUUACCCCAUGCCUCAAUUAACACCACCACUUACAUUUAAGGAAAAAACUAAGCUGAUAAUGGCAGCAUUUUCAAACUGUGAGCCUGUGCGGACGGAAUACAUGAGACAAUUAAUGAAGUUUGUGCAGGUCGAUUCUUAUGGAGCUUGUCUCAGGAAUAAGAAUGAUCUAGUGCGCCGUUAUGGAUCCAAGAACGGGAAAAAUUUCAAAGAGUUGAAGAGUGAAUUAGCGAGACAAUACAAGUUUACACUAGUAUUUUUUAACCAGGACUGUGAAUACUUUGUCGAUGAUCAACUAAGCCAUGCGCUGAAUGCAGGCUCAGUUCCUGUGGUAAUGAGUACAGAUAAACUCGACGAGUUCCUGCCGGGCAAUCUUCGACAAUCCGUCAUUAAAGUCCGUGAUUUCAAAACUCCAAAAGAUCUCUCAGAUUAUCUUAAGUACCUGAGCACAAAUGAGACAGAGUAUAACAAUUAUUUGACGUGGAAGUCGAAAGGAGUAGGAAAUAUCACGGGAACCGUUAUUGGAAAUCACUGGAAACCAAAGUAUCCUAUUUAUUGCCAGAUCUGUGUGGCGCUUUCAGAAGGGCGAAUACACAAGGAAGGACUGAGGCCAAUCCCGUGUAAUGCGAGAGCGUACGAAGACUGGGGUAUCAAAAAAGGGGCCUAA